AACUCAAUUCUGAAUGGAGACAGUAAUGGAUGACAUGAUUGUGUUUGUGUAGGAUAAUGACGAUGAAUCAGAGGAACUGCCUGCAUACGGCGAUCAGGGGCGGGGCGAUGAGCAGGAUGGGUGUGGCUCUCUGGAGCCCCUCCCCAAAGAGAAGCGAGUGUCACUGCUGAUGGAAGAAGACCCCGCCUUCCGCAGGGGCCGCAUGCGCUGGAUCAAACAGGAGCAGUUGCGUCUGCACAACCUGCAGCAGCAGCAGAUCACCAAGCGUCUGCGCAGAGGGGGCGGAGCCGGGGGCGGGGAGGGCGUGGUCCACCUUCCUGGAACAGGUCGCUUCAUUCCCCCUCAGGACUGCAAGCUGAAAUUCCCCUUUAAGAGCAACCCGCAACACCGGCUGUCCUGGGGCCCGAAUGUGUCCGUCACGGUGGAUGACCUCAAGGAUGAUCGCAACGAGGGACGAGGCCCCGCCCCCGGCGUGCCAUUACUUCCUCUACCUUUCCAAGUGCCGGUUGUCAUGCGCGCGCCCUCCCCCAGUCUCCCCUGGCAACCUCGCCAAUACAGCAAUGGUAACUUUGGCAAUGGCAACUAUGGCAACGGCAAUCCGUUUCCUCCGCAGCAACAGUGGCACUACAGGCGCAACUCACUGGACAGCAGCACCGUGCCUGGCAACCAGGGUUACUAUAGCAAUGGGCACCACAACAAUAAUGGCUCACAGCAUACGGGACGCGGUCGCUAUCGGCGACAAUCGCCGGGCCCUUGCACACGUGGGGAGGGGGCGUACAUGCAAAUGUACGUCAAUCAUCAGCGGCCCGCCUUCCAGACCUACCAGACUCUACCGCACACGCUCGCGGAUCAACAGCACGGCAAAAACCAAAAACCGCAGGGCUACGUCACCCCGCCACGCAUGAGACGGCAGUACAGCGCCCCCGACCUGAAGAGUAAAGAAACGCCCAUCUGAUGUGUGCGUGUGACCGUUGUUUUACUGCCGUUCACUUAUGAUGUCAUGAAUACAAGCCGUGUUGUUUUGAUAGUUAGUUAACAGUCUCCUGUAGGCAGACUAUCAGUAGAAAGAGUUAAUUCUGGCCAAGAACCGCCCACUUUAGACAGGAAGAGAGUGUCUGAGUGACAGUUAAGACCCGUUCGCAACGAGAACAAUAACUAUGACGAUGAAGGUUUAAUAUUCAUUCUAAAGGUGCGCUCACAUUUACUGUAGUUCUGCUAAUUUUUGCAGGCGAAAUCAAGUUGUUUUAAUAGGAAUCUACGGGAUUGGGUUAUAGUUAUCAUUCUUGGUGUGAACGGGCCUUUAGACUCCUGGGCAUCCAAUCAGAUUAGAGCUUGUGAUUUUUGGAAAGCUCUCAUUAUUUUAAGUGCAGUAUGCAUGUAUGGGCGGUCCGAAACUAGUUAACCCAAACUGACCCAAACUCUGCACAGUCGCCACGUCACUACUCCGUCUGUGUGUGUUUUUGCUGUUGUUCAGGAUCACGUACCUCUCCGCAAUGACUCGGCCCAGGACUAGUUUUGCAUUAGUUUUGGGUGUUUGUAUGUUCAGCCUCAAUGUGCCUUAUUGAGAUGCCAAUAACCUCAGAACUCACUGAAGGAAACGCCAUGGGAGUGUGUGAGUGUGUGUGACGCUGAUGAUUUACUGUGUGAGAUGUGAGAUGCAGGAGAAAUUUCUGAUGCCUGAUUCAUGGAUAUGGUUCUUUUGAACUGGUUCUUGCUAAUGAUUCAUUCACCUGAUUCACAACAGAACAACUCAAAUCACCUUAAAGGAAGGUUCCAGUUACAGUACAUGUUCAGAUGCUGUUCGUCACCAGCUAGAAUCAUUUGACUCACCCUUAAGUGUUUAUUUUAUUUUAGUCUUUUAACUUUUUUUUUCAUUGCAUUGCAGUAAUGGUCUUUAGUGUAAUAAACUGAGCCAGAUGAUCAAUGUUAAUCUACACAAGACUUCAUCCCACUCGUCGAUUCACCUCGUUUACAGCUCAAAUAAUGAACAUUUAAUCAGAAAUGUUUAAUCUGAGA